AUUUCCCAUACUGCACCGUGGUUUCCCUCUUUCUCUUCCGGCCCCAGGCGCUUCGAGAGCCGCGGACUUGGGUGCGGAGAUGGCCAAGUCCAAGAACCACACCACGCACAACCAGUCCCGAAAAUGGCACAGAAACGGCAUCAAGAAACCCCGAUCACAAAGAUACGAAUCUCUUAAGGGGGUAGACCCCAAGUUCCUGAGGAACAUGCGCUUUGCCAAGAAGCACAACAAGAAGGGCCUGAAGAAGAUGCAGGCCAACAACGCCAAGGCCAUGAGCGCACGUGCUGAGGCCAUCAAGGCCCUGGUCAAGCCCAGGGAGGUCGAGCCCAAGAUCCCACAGUGCGGCAGCCGCAAGCUCAAUCGACUCGCUUACAUUGCUCACCCCAAGCUUGGGAAACGUGCCCGUGCCCGCAUUGCCAAGGGUCUCCGGCUCAACCGGCCAAAGGCCAAGGCCAAGGCUCAGACCAAGGCCCAGGCUGCAGAUAAGCCUAAGCCUAAGGCUAAGGCUAAGGCUAAGGCUAAGGCUAAGGCCCCGGCUAAGGCUCAGGCUCAGGCUCCGGCUAAGGCUCAGGCCCCGGCCCCAGCUCAGCCUCAGGCUCCCAAAGCUGCCUCGGCCCCUGCGAAGGCUCCCCAGUAGAGGCCUCUGUCUGCCGACAGGAAGGCAGAAGGACUGGUGUGCCCGGGGCUGGGGUCCUCCUGUGGUGUUUGCAAAUAAACCUGAGGCGGGGUCUGUC